GCAGAAUUUUCGGAUGUGCAAGGCCACAUUCCUGGAUCUGUAUGCCAACCUUACCCCAACCCUCCAGCUCAUAGACACCAGAAUGACAGCUGCACUGACUGUGGAGAAAUAGUGGUGACUGCACUGUGGAAACUCGCAACACCCGAUUGAUUUCCCACUCACUGGUAGCAUUUUGGAGUUGGAAAAUCCACUGGGCUAUUGUCAGACAAGUGUGCAGGACCAUUAAUUGUCUCCUAGAGAUGCAGGACCGUGACUCUUAGCAACAUGCGUGACAUAGUGGAUGGAUUUUCAGCAAUGGAGUUCCCAAACUGCAGUGGAGUGAUAGUAUGAAUAUCCUUAUUUUGGCACCAGCCCACCUUGCCCCAGAGUAUUUCAAUGGAAAGAGCUACUUUUCCAUGGUUAUGCAAGCGUUGGUGGAUUACUGAGGAUGCUUCACUAACAUCAGUCUUGGCUGGUAAAGGAAGGGUAUGAUGCUUGUCUCCUUAAGAACACAGGACUGUUCAGAAAGCUGCAAGCAGGGACUUUCUUUCAUGGCUGGCGGAUUACCAUUGAUGGUGGUGAUGAUGAGUAGUGAUUCUGGGGGACUCAGCCUACUCCUUGCUCCCGUGGCCCAUGAAGCAAUGUACCAGCCACCUCAACAGCACCAAGGCAAAGAUUCAACUACAUUUAUAACUAUUACACUGGGUUUAUUACACUAUGAGUUCUGUCACACUAUACAAGAACAAACUAUAUGUGCUUUGAUUUGCAAUCGACCAAUUAUAAAGCCAGAGUACUUUGUGGAAUGUAUCCGAGCCAUUCAAUCCAAGCAGCAGUUGCCAAAACUGGAAAGUUUUUAUCCUCCAGUUGAUGAGCCUGCUAUUGGCCCUGAAAAAUUGGAUCUGUCUGUGCGUCAUGAAAGAAAAACUAUCUUCAGAGGCAAAACCUUUCUGUUCCUAAGUGCUAAACAGCAUAAGAAACUGAGUCCAGCAAUUAUUCUUGGAGGGGGAGAAGCAAAACUGUUGCCAGAGAGAAUAAAAGAAACUUCUUUACUGUUAGCUCCUGAAGUUUGUGUCAUUGAUGCAGGAUUAACUAACUCGCAGGUCCCAAUGUCUGACUUAGUGAGAAAUUGGAUUGAUUCCAUUAUCACCGUGUUACAAAGCAAGAAUCUCAGAACCAUUCCAGAAGCAGAAAUUGGAUUAGCAGUUAUCUUCAUAUCUAUGGAAAGAUAUUGUAACCCUCAAAACCAGCUUGGCAUACCUAAACAGCCAGUUAGUCCAGGAUCAGCUAUUCUGCAUCCAACCCUUUCUCAGAGUUCAACUGUAGAUGAGUCCAUAAUGCCUGUUACUACAAGUGAUAGAGCAUAUGUAGCUGACACAGAACCAGAAGAACCAUGUAUGGAGAUAAGCGGAGAGAAGACAGAGAAAACUCCCAAAAUGGAUCGAAGAGACCAAAUGUAUUCACAGAAUAUAACCAGUGUAAAGGAGACUCCCAGCACUAGUGGCAGUGUAAAUACAGGGACGGUAUUACCCAGGAUGCAUAGAACGCUUGUGGUUGACCAAAAAAGUCAACCCCUCUCACCCUCUAAAAUUUUAGGAGUUAAUAGAAAUAGAGAGAGAGCUUCACAGCAAGAGUCUAACUCCAUUAAACAUUACUUCCAGGCAGCUCCAAAGAAAAGGGAAAGGAUUGAAGAGGGAGAAACAUCUGUACCUAAACUGGCAAAGAUGGAGGAAAAAUCAUCUCAUCUUUCCAGUCAAACCCAACCCACAACUUCCUUGAUGUGGAAAAGUAAAGUGGAACAGACUCAAAAGGAACAAUUUACCUUGGAUCUGAAAACAAACCUUUCGCCUGUAGAUACAAGCCUAAAGCUUGCAAUAGAAAGUAGCAAAUCAGAGAAAGAUAAAACUGUUACUAAAAAUGUUUCCAGUGAAAAGCCUGCAUCAAAGAAGAGAAAAGAGUUAGGUGAUUUAGUUGAGGAUGCAGCUACACUAGAGCUUGUGUUUGGGAGCAAAGAGCUGGAUUGGGAAGCUGAAAUGGGGGAUUGUGGUGAGGAGCAUGGAACCAAUAUGCAGAAAAAAAGACGUUUGGAAAUGAAGGGGAAAAGGAUUGAAGAAGAAAAUGUAAUUCAAGAAGAAGCCAAUAGGAUAUUGCAGGAAAAUGAACUUGGCACUGUUCCAACUUCAAAGAAGAAAAUUGAGAUUAAGCAAGAAUCAUCAGUUUUGAACACUGACGGACUUCAAGAUGUCUCCAGCAAUCUGCCCAGCAGACUCUUGUUGACUGAAUUUAGAUCACUGGUUGUUAGCCAUCCAAGGCCAAAUAGUCUUGUUGCUGCACAAAUCAAUUAUAAGCAACUGAGCAACUUUAAGAAAUUCAAAAAGGUACCUUAUCCUGGAGCAGGACAACUUCCACAUAUUAUUGGAGGAUCAGAUCUGAUAGGUCACCAUGCCAAAAAGAAUUCACAGUUGGAAGAAUGGUUAAGGCAGGAAAUGGAGGAACAGAAUCGGCAUGCAAGAGAGGAAUCACUCGCUGAUGAUCUCUUUAGAUAUGAUCCUAAUGUGAAAAGGAGAAGAUAAAUUCUCUUGAAUUUAUAAUGAACCUACAGCAAAAUCAUCUUGAGACCAUGGUUGCUGGUUCCAGUGUACAAUAUAUACAGGAGGUUUAAAUUCUCUUGUUGUAAUAAUUGUUUUAAGUCCUGCUUUUAUUAAAGGAAAACAGAAUCA